CGGAGGAUGCAGGCGUGCAGGCGACGGAGGACGGAGGCGAACGAGAAUGAGGGCGUCUCCUCUGGGGACAACAGAGCAAAGCUGGAGGAAAGAUGGAGGAUCGCAACAAGGUGAACCAUGGCAAACAAGUUGGUGAUCAUCGACACAGACUGCGGCAUCGACGACGCUCAGGCCGUAAUGAUGGCCUUGGCGGCGCCCAACCUGGAGGUCCUGGCCGUGACCUGCGUGUUUGGGAACGCCUCGGUGGAGAACGUGUGUCAGAACGUUUUACGGGUUCUCUCUGUCUGCGAGCGGCAGGGAAUUCCAGUGUUUCAAGGCAGUGCAGGUCCUCUUGUUGGACUCAGUAGCCCAUUCAGUGACCACUUUGGAGGUGACGGACUUGGGGAUGUGAUAGAGGACAAAGAUCCUCAGUGGAAGGAGAAAAUUCAGCAGGAGCACGCUGUCGAUGCCAUGAUCAGACUGGCGUCUAAAUAUGAGAAUCAGGUGAGAAGUCCCGGUAUUUUUCUCUGUGUGUGGGCUACUCUGGCGCUUCUAAACCCUGAACCCCCACAGGUCUCCUUGGUGGCCCUGGGCCCGCUCACCAACCUGGCGCUGGCCGUCAGACUGGAUCCACGUUUUCCCCAAAAGCUCAGAGAGCUCUUCAUCAUGGGAGGAAACAUGGAGGGGAAGGGGAACGCGACCGUCUGUGCAGAGUUCAACUUUGCAAUGGAUCCAGAGUCAGCAUACAUUGUUCUAGAAGACUUCGUCUGCCCUACUUACCUCGCUACAUGGGAAUACUCAGGCAGAAAUGCCCUGACUUGGGAGUUCUUUGAAGAACUGGUCAACCAGGACUCCCCGGCGGCCCGCUUCAUGAAGACGGUGACGUCAAAGUGCUGGGCCUACUCCAAAGAAGCCAUGAAGAAAAAGAGAGACGUGCACUUCGGGCCUGGCUUCGUCUCUUACGACUCCUACGCCAUGGCGGCCUGCGUGGACGGCAGCACGGUGCUGGAGAGCGUUGAGUGCCCGGUGCGCGUGGAGCUGCAGGGCUCCAUGAGCCGCGGCAUGUUGGUGCUGGACCGCACCGAGUCUCUGAAGAAGAGCCACGCUGUGAGGGUCAUGACUAAAUGUGACGUGGAGAAGUUUGGUCGGCUCCUAAUGGACUCCCUCAAACAACCGCGGAGGAAGUGACCUGUUCUGCCGCAAGGAAGAGGAACAGCACAGAACCUACAGCUGCACCCUGGCAGCACCAGGCCAGAUUCCAGACAGUAUUUCAUAAGCAAAAAUCUAAAGAUGUUUCCUCAUAACCAGAGCAAGGCUGAUGGGUUACUCUGCCCUCAAGUGCUUAAAGGACUUAUUAAAAUAUCCCAGAGGAAUGGGACAUGCCUUCAGGAAUUCAAUGCAUCAUCAAUUCUUCCCACCUUAUUCUACAAAAACACAAAGAACUGAUUAUGAUCAAAUAAAUGCACUUAAAUGCACAUAAAAGUACUGAUGGAAAAUGAAAUGCAAUUGUUGCUCCGUUUUUGUUUAUUUGAGAGGAUAAAUCUUCUGUUUCUGUUCAUAAACAAGGAAUUGACUUUGGUUUCGCGUACAAAGUUUAAAAAGAUAAUAUUUCGGAGUUGCAGACUGCUCUGGCUGCGAGGUGUUCAUCACGUUCAUAAAAGACAGAUUGGGGGAAGAAACUGGCUGGUUUCUGCAAUGACUGCCGACCUGAAGGUAAAAGGUUUAAGAAGCUUGUGUCCAGGAUGUGUGGGGUCUGCAGAGAAGUUAGCACUCCUCUAGUUCUGUUCAAAAUGACAGCGGUCCAACAUUGCUAAUCGGAUCAGCCACGGUUUGAGAACGAUUUCAAAACUUGGAAUUUAUAAGCGAAACUAGUCAAAAAGUCGAAUAACAAAAAGAAAUACAAUAAAAAAAUAGAGUUGUCCUCAAUGACUUUAUUCAGCCUGGGUAAAAAAAAACGUGAACCAGUAAGAGAUGUCUCUGUGUUCCUGUAAUCACUGACGUCUGAUAAAGGUGAAGAAAAUUUGAUCCAUUGUCAGCUUUUUUAAAAAAGUUUUUAAUUUAUUCAUAUCCGUGGUGUGAUCAUUUGUGCUGAUGAUUUGUCAGAUUUGUAAUCGACAAAACAUUUAAAAACUGUUUCCAAAGCUGUACUUGUGAUGCUCGAGGUGGAUGAUCACAUUAUGAACAUAUUCCUGUUAUUCUAAGAAAAUUCUUUGUACAAAAAAAUUCAAUUUAGUUUAUCUAUUUGGUGCCAAUUCACAGCAAAUGAAUGGACACACUACAAAAAAAAAAAAAAAAGAAUCAAGAGGAAAACCCAGAUUUUCUGCUGA